UGUACUUGUUUUUACCCAACCCCUCACAUACAAACUUUGCAACUGAAUACGAUGGCCGGUCUCCAGUACUUCAAUUACCCCGGAGUGGGCACCAGCAACAGAGAACGGUUUUCAUACAGCCAAGCUGUCAGGGUCGGAGACACGAUCCAGUGCUCUGGGCAGGGAGGAUGGGAUCCGGAGGGCAAAGUGAAUCACAUUCCCACCGAGAUCAACGCCCAGAUCGACCAAGCUUUCAAAACCGUGGAGCAUAACCUUAAAUAUGCUGGUGGACAAGAAUGGUCUCAGGUCUUUCGGAUUAACUCGUAUCAUGUCCCCCUGAAUGACGAAGCCGUUGCGGCAAUGUCCAGGAAUUUCAAGAAGUGGAUGCCAAACCAUCAGCCAAUCUGGACCUGCGUUGGAGUUACGAGACUUGGGGAGGACGAUAUGCGUGUGGAGAUUGAAGUAGUGGCAUAUGACCCGGAUGGUGCGAAGACCGCCGCGGCCUAG